GGGAUUUUAUACGUGUAUAUAUUUCUCUUGUCUGGUUGUGUUAAAAAAAGCUCGAAAAUUUGAAGUGGGUUCAGUUUGAAAUUGAGCAUCCUCAAGUUGUUGAAGAUUCGUCUUCUAUUUUUCAAUCUGUGUCUGUUUUUUAAUGGAUUUCGACCGUUUCGUCCUGUUUCUCUAAUAGCAAACAGAAAUCGUUUCUGGGUAGUUUCUGAGUGAGAGAGAGAGAGAGAGAGAUUAAGAUCCAGCUGCUUCUUGAUUGCUGAUUUGGGCUGCAAUUCGUAAAGAGAGGGGAAGAGGGUUUUAGAGAAAGGGAGGGGUUUGAAGGUCAAUUUGAUCUGGGUUGCUGACACUUGGUCACAGAAAAAACAGAGAGGUUUGAAGGGCAAGCUAUAGUGGGUUGCUUUUUAAAGAAAAAAGAAGACACGUUUCUGUCUUUCUGAGUCUUAAAGGAACAGAAGGGACUGAUAGCGAGAGAGAGAAAGAGAAGGGGGCAUUGUCUCAUUGCUUGUGGCUGUCAAUGGUGGAACCAUUUGAAUUUUUAAGAAAAGUCAAAUCAACUUGAGGUGGUUGAGCUCUGGUCGCCAAUUUGAUCAAUACCCAUAUUGAAAUCAUGGUGGAGAAUGGUGGCAAUGAGGUUUUGACUGGUACCCGGUCGGCUGAAGAAUGGUUAUCACAUGCACGGGAGCUUGUUCCAUUGGCACUGAAUAAGGCAAGAGAGGUUAAGGGAUUUCCAGGUCGGUGGAAGAUGAUCAUUUCAAAGUUGGAGCAGAUCCCGUCACGUUUAUCAGACCUGUCUAGCCAUCCAUGCUUUUCCAAGAAUGCUCUUUGUAAGGAGCAAUUGCAAUCAGUAUCUAAGACACUGAAGGAGGUUAUUGAAUUGGCAGAGUUUUGUGUGGGGGAGAAAUAUGAAGGAAAACUUCGGAUGCAGAGUAAUCUUGAUGCGUUGUCUGGGAAAUUGGAUUUGAAUUUGCGAGAUUGUGGGCUUUUGAUCAAGACUGGGGUGCUUGGUGAGGCUACUUUGCCUUUAGCUAUGGCUGGUUCUUCAACUGAACCUGAGGCUGCUGCUCAUGGUAACAUAAGGGAACUGCUUGCACGGCUUCAGAUUGGGCACUUGGAGGCAAAACAUAAAGCUCUUGACAGUCUUGUUGAGGGCAUGAAAGAGGAUGAAAAGAAUGUAUUGUCAGUUAUGGGUCGUAGCAAUAUUGCUGCUUUAGUCCAAUUGCUCACUGCAACAUCUCCUCGUAUCCGUGAGAAGACUGUAACUGUAAUCUGCUCGCUUGCUGAAUCUGGAAGUUGCGAAAAUUGGCUUGUUUCUGAAGGGGUUUUGCCACCUCUAAUAAGGCUUGUUGAGUCUGGCAGUGCAGUGGGUAAAGAGAAGGCUACAAUUUCACUUCAAAGAUUGUCAAUGUCAGAAGAAGCAGCCCGUGCAAUUGUUGGGCAUGGUGGGGUUAGGCCACUGAUUGAGAUAUGUCAGACUGGUGAUUCUGUUUCUCAGGCUGCUUCUGCUAGCACUUUGAAGAACAUAUCAGCUGUCCCCGAAGUUCGGCAAACUCUAGCUGAGGAAGGGAUUGUAAAAGUUAUGAUUAAUCUCCUUGAUUGUGGAAUUUUAUUGGGUUCCAAAGAAUAUGCGGCAGAGUGCUUGCAGAAUCUCACUGCAAGCAAUGACAAUCUAAGGAGGUCUGUAAUAUCAGAAGGUGGAAUUCGGAGCCUGUUGGCUUAUCUUGCUGGUCCAUUGCCACAAGAAUCUGCAGUCGGGGCAUUGAGGAAUUUGGUUGGCUCAGUUUCUAUGGAGGUUUUGGUUUCUCUUGGUUUCCUCCCAUGCGUGGUUCACGUGCUUAAAUCCGGUUCACUAGGUGCACAGCAGGCUGCUGCCUCCGCAAUUUGCCGGGUUUGCAGCUCAACAGAGAUGAAAAAACUGAUUGGUGAAGCCGGGUGCAUUCCUCUCCUUGUGAAGAUGCUUGAAGCUAAAUCAAACAGUGCCAGAGAGGUUGCUGCCCAGGCAAUUUCAAGUUUGAUGACCCUUUCACACAAUUGCAGAGAAGUGAAAAGGGAUGACAAAUGUGUGCCAAAUCUGGUCCAACUGCUUGAUCCCAGUCCACAAAACACAGCAAAAAAGUACGCAGUUUGUUGCCUUGGAUUGCUCUGCUCAAGCAAGAAAUGUAAGAAGCUGAUGGCCUCAUAUGGAGCAAUUGGGUACCUCAAGAAGCUCACAGAGAUGGACAUUCCCGGAGCCAAGAAGCUACUUGAGAGAUUGGAGAGAGGGAAGCUGAGAAGUUUCUUCACAAGAAAAUAGAGGGAAGAAAUGCAAAUGUACCUCUUGUAAGUCCUUUUUUAAAAAUCUCUUUCUGCAUAUGUAGUUGUUUCAUGGUCUAUAUGAAACGUAGUUUAUCGUAUUGAACUGGAAUGCGCAAGCCUGGUAAUAUAUGUUAUGUUGUCUAUGUUCUAUUAUUUAAAGUAGAAAAUUUUAU